GAGAAGGAGAAGCGCGUUCCGGCGUUCUACACACAGUCGAGUUUGGAACGUUUGGACAGCGUGGUCUGAGUCUUCGCGGAAAGGCGUGCACAUUUGUGCGCGGCCCGUUGCAGCCUUGCAGGCCUUUGGGGGCCGAAAGUUUGGUGUGUUUUCGUUGAUAUAGAGCCGCGGCGGGCCGCGCAGCCCCCUGACUCGGCCUCACCAUGUUGGUCCUAUUCGAAACGUCCGUCGGCUACGCCAUCUUUAAGGUUUUGAAUGAGAAGAAACUUCAAGAGGUUGAUAGUUUGUGGAAAGAAUUUGAAACUCCAGAGAAAGCAAAUAAAAUAGUAAAGCUAAAACAUUUUGAGAAAUUUCAGGAUACAGCAGAAGCAUUAGCAGGGUUUGUUCCCCCCCAUGUGAUGAGAGGUGAGAAGUGGUUAAAUUGAUCUCCCUGUGGAAGCCAACAGCAUAAUGCUGAAGCACAAUUCAGUAAAAGCUGUACUGCAAGGGACCAAGCAUUCACAGCUCUGAUGGAGGGCAAAAUCAAUAAGCAGCUGAAGAAAGUUCUGAAGAAAAUAGUAAAAGAAGCCCAUGAACCCUUGGCUGUAGCUGAUGCUAAACUAGGAGGGGUCAUAAAGGAAAAGCUGAAUCUCAGUUGUAUCCAUAGUCCUGUUGUUAAUGAACUUAUGAGAGGAAUCCGUUCCCAGAUGGAUGGAUUAAUCCCUGGUGUAGAACCACGUGAAAUGGCAGCUAUGUGUCUUGGAUUGGCACACAGCUUGUCCCGAUACAGAUUGAAAUUCAGUGCUGAUAAAGUGGACACCAUGAUUGUUCAGGCAAUUUCCUUGUUAGAUGACUUAGAUAAAGAACUAAACAACUAUAUCAUGCGGUGUAGAGAAUGGUAUGGCUGGCAUUUCCCUGAAUUAGGAAAAAUUAUUUCGGAUAAUCUGACAUACUGCAAGUGUUUACAGAAAGUCGGCGAUAGGAAGAAUUAUGCCUCAGCCAAACUUUCUGAACUACUGCCAGAGGAAGUUGAAGCGGAAGUGAAAGCAGCUGCAGAGAUAUCAAUGGGAACAGAGGUUUCAGAAGAAGAUAUUUGCAAUAUUCUGCAUCUCUGCACUCAGGUAAUUGAAAUCUCAGAAUAUAGAACCCAGCUCUAUGAAUAUCUACAAAAUCGAAUGAUGGCCAUUGCACCAAAUGUUACAGUCAUGGUUGGGGAAUUAGUGGGAGCACGGCUCAUUGCUCAUGCAGGUUCUCUUUUGAAUUUGGCCAAACAUGCAGCUUCUACGGUUCAGAUUCUUGGAGCAGAAAAGGCACUCUUCAGAGCCCUCAAGUCUAGACGAGAUACCCCCAAAUACGGUCUCAUUUAUCAUGCUUCACUCGUAGGCCAGACAAGUCCGAAGCACAAAGGAAAGAUUUCUCGAAUGCUGGCAGCCAAAACUGUUCUGGCUAUUCGGUAUGAUGCUUUUGGUGAAGACUCCAGUUCUGCGAUGGGAGUUGAGAACCGAGCCAAAUUAGAGGCCAGGUUGAGGACCUUGGAAGAUAGAGGGAUAAGGAAAAUAAGUGGAACGGGAAAAGCAUUAGCAAAAACAGAAAAAUAUGAACAUAAAAGUGAAGUAAAGACUUAUGAUCCUUCUGGUGAUUCCACACUGCCAGCCUGUUCUAAAAAACGCAAGAUAGAACAGGUAGAUAAAGAAGACGAAAUUGUUGAAAAGAAGGCCAAAAAAGCCAAGGUUAAAAUUAAAGUUGAAGAAGCCCCAGUAGCAACAGAGGAAGAAGAAGAAGAAGAAGGAGUACUAGUGGUAGAAGAACAGGAGACAUCUGUGAAGAAGAAGAAAAAGAAGGACAAAAAGAAACAUAUCAAGGAAGAACCACUUUCUGAGGAAGAACCAUGCACCAGCACAGCAAUUCCUAGUCCAGAGAAAAAGAAGAAAAAGAAAAAAAAGAAAGAUAAUGAGGACUAAUUGAAGGGAAUCAUCUUUGAGUCAUCGGGACACAUCACACCUAAGAUUCAGUCAGGAGUGUAUCAGAAAUGUUCCGUAAUUGAGCGAAGGUUGGAUGAAACAGAGUUCCUACUCAUCGAUACCUUUUCGAACCUACGUGUCUUGACACCAGUUCUAUUAACUUGAUUAUGUCAUUUCUCAGUCUUUGUUAUACAAAUAAAAAUAUUUUCUUUGUAU